AUGCAAACCAACAACUACGCAAAGCGAACACACGACGACUCCGUUGUUGGUAAUCAAGACAGAAAAAGGGGAAGGUCCCAAAGAAUCGUCGCUCCAAAGCCUUUCCCCUACAAAUCGAAUAAGGUUGUGCCGUGGAUAUACGACAUCCAUACUUUUGCCGACAGUGAUAUCUCCAAUAUCGCUGGACUUGGGGGCAUGACUAGGAGUGGAAGGAUCUACACUCCCGAAGAUCUACAAGAUAAAACCCCCAAGAAUAAAGGAAAAGAGAAGGAGAAAACCGAGGAAAACAAAGAAUCCGAGGAGGAGACCGAUGAGCUGCUAAAAUUCAUCAGACAGAGCGAGGACUACAUUGUGGAUCAACUUCACAAAACACUAGGAAAGAUCACUUUGUUGUCGUUGAUCCUAAGCUCCGAACCGCAUCGGCAAGCUCUGUUGAAGGUCUUGAACGAGGCAUAUGUGUCACACACUAUUUCCCAAGACAAGUUUGAAGGGAUUGUCAGUCACAUCACGGCUAACGAUCAUCUCACUUUCACCGAUGAAGAGAUCCCCGCCGAGGGGCCAAAUCAUAACGAACCCUUGCACAUCUCUGUAAAGUGCAAGGAGUAUCACAGCGCUAAGGUCGUGGUGGACAACGGAUCUUCCUUGAACGUGAUGCCAAAAAGAACGUUCGAUCAAAUGGCAAUUAAGGGAGUCCAAAUGUGCCUAAGCAACAUGAUCGUUCGAGCUUUCGACGGCUCUAAAAGAGAAGUGGUGGGAGAAAUCAGUCUUCCAAUCCAAAUUGGACCCACCAUCUUCAACGUCGAAUUCCAAGUGAUGGAUAUUACUCCUGCAUACAGCUGUCUCCUCGGCCGACCUUGGAUUCAUGAUGCGAAAGCUGUACCCUCUACGCUCCACCAGAAAGUCAAGUUCAUAGUGGGUGACAAGCUGGUGAUCAUACAAGCUGAAGACGUUAUACUCAUCAGCAAGCCAUCCAACAUACCUUAUGUGGAUGCAGCAGAGGAAGCUUUAGAAACCGCCUUCCAAGCAUUGGAGAUCGCCAAUGUUGAGACGUUUCCCCGAGAAAUGAAGAAGGUAACCCACAUGCUCACCAAAAAUGGAUACUUGCUGGGACAAGGAUUAGGCAAGGACUCCCAAGGAAUUCCGGAGCUACCCAUUAUCAAGGAUAAUCCGGGGAAACACGGGUUAGGAUACAACCCUGAUAAAGAUCAAAGGACGAAGAGGAACCAAUAUCCUUCUCGACGUUCUUUAAGUCAGAUCUUUAGGAAGGCUGGCUCACAAACAUCAAGGCCGGUCGUCGUCAUCAAGUGUUCUUCUUCUUCCGAUAGGGAUGUGUAA